UGGGUCCGUCAGUCACCUUUUAGCUAACCGAGCGAGCGUCACACACAAGUCGGAAUUCGCGCGCGCACUCGACUUUGAAUCCGUGUGUGCCUAAGAGGGGAAGUGUUGAAGUAAAAAAAAACGGCAGCAGGACACCGCACGAAACCCAGAUAUUCACCACCAGCGGGACCGGACGUUUAGUGCGCAAGCGUGCAGGGCUAACGGCGGAGCGCGAAUCGAUCGCAGCAAGCGGCUGGCUGCGUGCAGGGAACGGAUUGCAGCAGUGCGUGCGUGCAGCGCAGCGGAACCUCGCGAGAAGGGAGGGCGAAGAAUAGGAGGAAGAAGUGUCGCCACUCGACAAACGAAAAACGUCUAGCGAAUUGUCGCCGCAAGACUCUGCGACAGGCUUUUAUGUAACGUGUUAUCGCGAAAAUAAAACACAGCAGGCGAGGGAAGGCGAAGAUACGUUUGACAGAUACGUGGGGUGCGCGCGAAGCGCAGAAGGGAGUGAAAACUUUCGGGACGACUUGUGACCUCAUCCGGGUCACGUCACGAUGGUCCAGGCGCCUCGCGGUGUCGUGAAAAGCGCUACGAAAGAACCCAACAGCCGAGGAGUAGUUGGCGCGGACUAGUACUGAGGGAGUACUGUGUCAACAAAAGGACGAUCCCAGUAGGCGGACGGCGGCGAUCCUGGGAAUUUCCCAAAACACACGACGAGCGCAGGCAUCGUCCGUCGUAGUAGGCGGAGAAGUACGCGCAGAGGUGUGAAAACUAACAGUACCUGCUGGUGCUGCUGCAGCGCAUGUUUGUGUGCGAAGACGACGACGACGGGUCAUCCAAGCAACCACCGACUGCAGCAGUCUCGCGCAGGCAGCAGACGCAUACUCCUACAGCGGAAAGAAGAAGUGUGAGUGUGUAUGCUCAGCAGAGUGUUGCCUCUAUUUUUUCGGGUGGUGUGUAGACCAAAAGGAAGCAGUAUCCUAGCGGCGAGGUGCAUUUCAGUUUCGACCGAGCGACGAAGCAGAACACAUCGUCAUCCAAGGAGGCCGCGUGCGUGCGUGCUCUACUCUACUCUACACACACUAUAAAUAUUAGAGCAGGUCAUGAUUUUUUCGUGCACCCAGUGACGAUUACUCAUUUAUAUUUAUUAAAACUCGCGCCGCCGACGACUUGGUAGUAGGCGCUGCUGCUGCAACAACACACCAUAAAUCGUAGUGUGCCGUGCCGCGUGCACUCUCUACUCUACUCUCGCGCACGCUGUAUAUGUCAGUGCCUUUGCCUACGAUUGUUGUUGUUGUAUUAAAUUUAAAUUUUUCCCACGACAACUUGAUUUCGGUUUCGUGACGUGACGUGAGUGUGAGGCGAGCAAAGGCAAGAAAAGAGCCGAUCGUCUGCUUGUGUGAAUGUAAAAAUAGUGAAGAAAAACCGUGAAGCAAAUUGCAGAAAAAAAAAUGGAAGAACCAAAGUGUCUGCCAAGUGCCUAAAGAGAGUUCACACAAAAAAAUAAAAAUCAAGUGAGUGAGUGUGAUUGUGCAGUGAGUUGGAAAAUUGCAUCAGCAGACUAAUCAAUCAGAAAGCAAGGAAGAGAGAGAGAGGAAAAGUCCUUUUUUUUAAAUCAACCAAGAAGACAAGAAGAUCAAAAAUGGUGAAAACGACAACCGCGAGCGCACUGUCCGCGAUGCUGAUCGUGGGCUUGUGCGCCGCCGUCAGCCUGCUGCCGGGCGGGACCGAUGCCAAGCGGCACGGCCCGCUGCUGGUCGAGGACGAGGGGGCCCGCCGGAACCGGCCUGCCGAAUGUCUAUUUGGCAAAACGCUCCGCGAGCUCGGCUCAACCUGGUUCGCCGACUUGGGUCCCCCGUUCGGCGUCAUGUACUGUAUCAAAUGUGAAUGUGUGGCGGUCCACAAGAAGCGCCGGAUAGUGGCGCGGGUUCAGUGCCGAAACAUCAAAAACGAGUGCCCCAAACCGACCUGCGACGAGCCGAUCCUGCUGCCCGGAAGAUGCUGCAAGAGCUGUCCAGGAGAUGCACACAGUCCUGACAUCGUACAAGAUCUUCCGCAGGCCCAACCGGACGAGGAGGAACGCAGCAAACAUUUUGCAGCCCUGCUGACCGGUCGCACCUCUUCGAUCCUGAAGCGGGACGACAUCCGGUCGACGUACUCGACGAUCAACCCGCAGAACAUUGUCGCCACCGGGCGGUUCGUGUUCCACAAGAAGAACCUGUACUAUAGCUUUUACAUCUCGGAUAAGGCGCCUCGCCCGAGGGCGAUUCAGUUUGUGGACAAUCAGGGAAAUAUUUUGGAGGAGCACCCGUUGGUGAUUCCGCCGGAGGGUCCGUUCAGUGUGUACCAGAAUGCUACGGGGAAGAUUUGCGGCGUUUGGCGCCGAGUUCCGCGUGAUUAUCGCCGGCUGUUGCGGGACGAUAUGAUGAAUGCGGUUCUGCUGUGGGGAGGGAAGUAUCAGGCUGAGCUGGCGAUCGCUGGGCCGAUCGGGAAGUAUCCGGCGCUGCCGCAGGAACUGUUUAGCUCGCUGUUGGAACCGGCACCGGGAACGAAUCCGGAACAGAUGAACGGAGCUGGUGGAACGGCGAUCGUGUCUACCAAGAGUGGUGUGACUUCCUCGAUCUAUUUGACGAUCGUGCUGAAUGGGAUCUUUUCUCCGGAUGAUAUCGCUGACGUUCCGCUGAACAUUAGGCUUGAGAUGCAGAACAAGGAUCAGGUGAUCUUGGAGGAGACGCAACGGGUUAAGAAACCGGCUCAUGACAUUAAUAUUAUUGAGGUAUCUUCGCCGCUGUCGGUGAACGAUCUGCGACUGCUGACCCGUGGCAAGUUGACGGUGGUUGUCGAGUCCAAGCGUAAGCCGGAGGCUUUGAGGAUUCAGGGAAUUGUGCAGACGAGGGUCGCGUGUGAAGUGUUCCAGACGUUGUUGACGUCGCACAAUCCGGAAUCGAGAACGGACACCACCGGACUGUCGUGGAUGUAUUUGAACAAGGAAGGAUCGUUGGUUUACAACAUCCAGACGCACAACCUGCACAUGAACUACAACCCGGUGAUCACGCUGAUCGACGACAGUGCCAAGAGGAAGGCCGAGAUCGAAAACCUGGGCUUCAGUUCGGAGCACGUUUCGGGAGUGGUCGAUCGGAUGGGACCACGUGUUCUGGAGCCCUUGUACUCUGGCGAUUUGGCCAUCAACGUGGCGAACGAUCUGAAUCUCAACCUCGUGCACGGCAAGUACGUUUCGCGCCCCGUUGCCGACGCCCGGGACUCAACGGCACCGGUUUUGCUGAAACGCAUCGCCAACUCGGCCGCACCGCCGCACUCCGUCGGCAUGGCUUGGGUGGCCGUCGAUAACGAAUGUAACCUACACUACGAAGUGACCCUAGCCGGCGUGCCCAGUUCGUACCAUCCGGUGCAGCUGUUCCUGGAGGAACUGCCCAUCGAAGCACCGAACGCACCCAUCAGCCGGACGCCCCUCGAGGACUUUAGCGGAAACUACCUCGAAGGGUUCGUCCUGGCGAUGCCCUCGAUCGAACUGGCCAAGCUAGAGACCAGCGUCAUCUAUUUAGAACUCCGCUCGAAAUCGAAAGACGAACCAAUCCUGAAGGCAAAGCUGAAGUCGAUCAAGGUACCGAACCACUGCACCGGCAAUCAGUACCACGACAACGACGUCCAGAACAACUCGGUCAUCUCGACGCCCCACAAUGACAACAAUCUGCCGACGGGUGAAACCAAAUGCUACCACUCUUCCCGCUUCUACGACGAAGGAGACAUGUGGAACGUCGCCGAACAGUGCACCAUGUGCUCGUGCUUCCACCGGCGCGUCAAGUGCGAACCGAUCAAGUGUCCCCCGCUGAAGUGCCGGAAAGAGGAUAUUGUGCAGAAGAAGGGCGACUGCUGUCCGACCUGUGCAGGUAAGACCACCACCGGUGUUGUCUCGCUGGCCGCGGCAAGUGAGUCUAACCGCACCCUUCCGUCCACAGUGUCACGCUACCCGGAGGACACGGCCGUGGCGCUCGUUUCCAAACCGCGCGGCUGCCACCUCGGUGACCACUUCCACAGUGCGGGCGCCACCUGGCAUCCGUACCUGCCGCCGAACGGGUACGACACCUGCAUCGUGUGCACCUGCGACGCCAACUCGCUCGAAAUCAACUGUCCGCGGACGCAGUGCCCCCCGCUGAACUGCUCUGACAAGGUCGCGUACCGCCCGGACAAGAAGGCCUGCUGCAAGGUGUGCCCUCAGGUCAUCAAAUCGAAACCAAGCGGCACGGGUGCCCCAGGGGAGAUGGGCGACCAGGCCGGCAGCAGCGUCGGCACGCUGCGCAACCCGCAGACGAUCCUCGCGAACGGCGGCUGCUCGUACAACGCGAACGUGUACGAGAACGGGCAGGAGUUCCACCCGGUGCUGGCGACGCACGGCGAGCAAAAGUGCGUCAAGUGCUCGUGCAAGGACGGCCACAUCAAGUGCGAACGGAAGCGAUGCGCGCGGUCGGUGUGCGCCCGGCAGCACCUGGGCGCCCGCAAGAACGCCAUCCCCGCGGACGAGUGCUGCCAGUGUCCGAAGACGGCCGGCCGGCACCAGCAGCACCGGAGACGGCAACAGCAGCAGCAAAACCAAAAGCAAACGACGGCCAUAUCCGUAAAGAGUUGAAUUGAUUAGGGAGUUUCGCGAGAGCUUUUGUAAGGGAGAGAGCGAGUGAAUGCGGUGUGUGUGUGUCUCGUUUUAGCGUGUAAGGCAGCAGUGAUACAAAGGGUGUGAGAGUGAGACGAGUGUGUGCCAAAACGGAAACGCAUUAUUUUCGAUGUGUGAUGAUGAGGCGAGCGCGAGAACUAUCUAAAAACUAUCACAAAACAGUAUCCUAUACAAGAGAGAGAGAGAGAGGGAGAGUCAUGCAACCAACACAAUCACCCAACACGGCAAAACAGUCCUAGGAAAAAAAGCUUCAAUCGCGGGCAGAUGAUGUGUCUGUUGUUUCUUUUUUUUUAUUAAGUGUUAUUGUAAAAAAACAAACGUAAACUUACGUAUGAAAUUGUAAUGCAGGGUAUUCAGAUAAAAAAAAUGUCGCGAGACGAGGUCGAAGCGCGGGACGGAAAAAUAAUUGGGAAUUUCUUAUUUUAAAGAAAUUAUUCCAGUUGAAACAGAUUUUGUAUCAGAGAAACAAAAAACUAUUUAUAUUUUUUACAAAUAGGCAUAGUUUUAACUAGGUACUAGCACGUAAGGAAACAUAUUUAUUUAAAGGUCUACUAGAAUUACUGGUCAGCGCCACACAGCAGUAAAAACAGAAUAGGUCAUUCGCAUUUAAACAAAAAACCCUGUACGGAAUAAGAGAGCGGGAGACGGAGCCAAGCGCUCAUACUAAUAAAAGUUGCAAAUGCUUUUUUUACUGUAUAAACACACGCUAGAAUUUGAGAUUAUUUAAAGGAUUAAUAACAAUAAAAACAUCAGAUUUCAAAGAAAGAUAGAACAAUGCGGUGGGUUAUUUUUCUUCGUGUAAUUUGACAGCUCUGGCGGCCACACUGAGAAAAAUCGGGCCUGUAAAUAGAUACCAACCAACCGACGAAAAUUCCGAAAAUUGAUCUCGCAAUCAAGUUUCGAACUUUUUUCCCCCCGUAACGCCAGUAACGCCACCCACACAAUCACACAAAGUAAAUACUGUUUCUAGAAAGACAAUCUAGUCACGUGCGUUUGAGCGAAAGCGGCGCUGUUCGGAAAUUCAAACAACAACAACAUCAACAAGCAGUAUGCAAAGAGGAAGCUGGAAAACUCUCAACAAACAAUUGUUCUUGAAGAAAGAGAAAAACGCGCGAGAGAUUCGAGUAAAAGAGAGAGAGACGUGAAACCUAAUCAAUUCAAACUACUUACACAUUGCGAUUGCUUUUUUUUAGAACUUAUACACACAAAAGAAAAAGGUUAAAACUUCUGCUAAGCAAAACAGACAAACUUAUAGAGGUCGACACGAAAAAGCAAACAACUCUUGAACUGCUUUUUUUCCUGUUACCACGUACCAAAGAAGACUGAUAUAUUAAAUCUUGAGAGUAAAGUGAAGAGAAAUAAUGAAAAGAGAGAAAAAAAGUUGAAAUAAAAUUGCUGAUGUUAACAAAACAAUCGAAACACAAAACACACACUGAACCAAUAAAUCUUUUGACGGCGAAAAAAAAGGGAAACACGAUACAAAACUGUCGAAAGUUAAAUUUAUAAAAAACAUUAAAACACAUUUUCAACACACAAUCACGCAAAAAAUAUCAAACCCUCACUAUCGUAAUUAUUCUCAUCCUCACACUAAACCACGCACUAAACGCAGUAUUUUUCUUUCAUUUUGGCAGUCACACCUUUAAAAAAAAAGUCAGAAAAUCACGCAGCACAGUUUUGAGCAGUUUGCCGAAGAUUGCGAAGCAAUCAGAGCGAAAUCCAAGCAUGCCAUAAUUUUGUUUAGGUUACACGCGUGUGUAAACUUUGUUUAGGGCUCUAAACCUUUGGUUUAUUUGGACGUGCGUGUCACAGCAGCAGCAAGAAUGAUGAUAGGCCAUCCGUAGUUGUAUAUUGUUGUAUAUCAACGCGAUACAUGUAUUACAUACACACACACGAAACACACAAUCAACAAACAAAAAACACACACACACUAUUGUAUAUUAGUAUCCUAUUGUAAUCAACUCUUUUUUUGCAUUGAAAAAGCAAACAAACGAAAAACAAUUCUGCUUAGCCACAGGUCGAGCGAGUGGGCGCGCGAGCAAAUUGUGUGCGCACCAGGGACAGAAAAUCAAAAAUCAAAAACAGCUAGCAGAGCAAACAAACAAGCAAAACGAAACAUUGUUAACAAAAAAAAAUAUCCACCAAAACAACCGAGAGCUAGAAAUAAAAACAAACGGAUAUACAAAACUAGAUG